AUGCCUAGUAGUAAGAUUCAGCCUGAUACAACCACCAAGCCUACUACCCAAAUGUCAGUCCCUGCAUCCGACGCACUCGACACCUCCACCCCCUUCUUCAAAGACUCCAAAAACCGCAUCCUGCAACUUCGAGGAGUCAACCUAUCCGGCUCGUGUAAACUACCCAUUGGCAAGCCAUCGCAUGAACCAGCUGGAUUCUUUGAUGAUGUCAAUAUAACUUUUGUCGGAAGGCCCUUCCCGCUUGAUCAGGCUGAUGAGCAUCUGUCGAGGUUGAGGCAUUGGGGGUAUAAUUUCUUGAGGUAUUGUGUGACGUGGGAGGCUAUUGAGCAUGCUGGACCCGGGAUAUAUGAUGUUGAAUACCUGGAUUACGUGAUUGCUGUUCUAAAAAAGUGCAGAGAGUAUGGGUUUUAUGUGUUUAUAGAUCCGCAUCAGGAUGUGUGGUCACGAUUCUCUGGUGGCUCAGGAGCACCAGGCUGGACAUUACGUCUCGCCGGUUUCGAACCAUCCAAUUUCCCAGCAACAGGUGCAGCCAUAGUCCACAACACAUAUCCAGACCCCUCAAACUUCCCACGCAUGAUGUGGCCAUCCAAUUACGAUAAGCUAGCAGCUGCCACCAUGUUUACGCUAUUCUUUGGUGGUCGUAUAUUCGCCCCCUCAUUCACUGUAACUGAAAAGGACUCGACAACAGCUGUAAACAUACAGGACUACCUACAAUCGCACUAUAUAGAUUCCGUAAUGCAAUUGGCGCAGCGAAUACAUGAUGCAGGUGGAUUGGAAGAUGUAUGUGUGAUUGGGUAUGAUACGUUCAACGAGCCACAUCAUGGAUGGAUUGGAAACAAGAAUCUAGAUGUGAUACCAGACGAUGUACUGUUAAAAAAUGGGCCAGUGCCGACGCCGUUUCAAGCAAUGUGUCUUGGAGAAGGGAUUCCGCAAACCGUACAGUCGUUUGGUAUGAGCUGGCGAGGUUUUGUAUCCACAGGUUCGAAACUCAUUAAUCAGGACGGGACAAGAGCAUGGAAGGAGUCUGCAUCGUGUAUAUGGGCUCGGGAAGGUGUAUGGGAUAUAAAAACUAGGACCCUUCUUAGGCCCGCAUAUUUUACCAUGAACCCCAAGACCGGAGCACUAGUGGAUUUCUAUCAGGAUUGUUUUAAGCCAUUUGUACGUGCUUAUACAGCAGGAAUCCGUAAAAUCCAUAGCAACGCUGUAAUACUAGUCGAACCUCCUGUAAUGACCGUCCCGCCUACACUCGUCGCUCACGAUGGAGACCCAACAACCCGAAUAGCAUAUGCACCACACUGGUAUGAUGGUAUAACACUCUUCAACAAGGCCUUCAACCGCAUGUACACUAUCGAUGUCGUAUCUCUAAAAUAUGGAUUGAUAAACAACCCCAUCCUCGGAAUACGAUUUGGAGAAGCUGGUAUCAAGACAUGUUUUAAAUCUCAGCUGGAAAUGAUUCGUAGAUAUGGUGAAAAGGCAAUGGGUAAUGUGCCAACUGUGAUGGGAGAAAUUGGAAUACCGUUUGAUUUAGAUGAUAAAGCUGCCUACACGAGUGGAGAUUACUCUAAUCAGAUUGCUGCUAUGGAUUCUAAUAUGUAUGCGUUGGAGAGCACGAUGAUGAAUUUUACAAUGUGGAACUAUACAGCGGAUAAUUGUCACAAGUGGGGGGAUAAUUGGAAUGGGGAGGAUUUGUCAUUGUUUAGUCUAUCCACAACACAAAAACCAGUCUCACCACUCGCGAACGUAAAAGUCACAGCAAACGGCACGCAAUCAACCAGCUCAACAAUAAUCGAAGAAGUCGUAAUAGACACCACCCGAGCCAAACUCGUAGCCGACGACAACAAACUCGACGAAGGUGGUCGUGCCCUCCAAGCCAUAGUCCGUCCAUACGCUAUAGCAACACCAGGAAUACCAAGUAAAUUCGCCUUUGACAUGCCCACUCAAACCAUGUCUUACACAUUCGCCAAAGCCACACAAGCACCAACGAGUAACAUCUGUGAGAUAUACAUCCCCCGCCGUCACUACCCGACUGAAUACGAUACGGAAGUGCUGGUGUCUACUGGAACAUACGAAUUGGAUUUGCUAAAGCAACGAUUGUACUGGACGGUAGAUUUAGAUGACAGUGUGGUUGAGUAUACGAUUGUGGUUAGACGCAGGCCGUCGGUAGCUGCUAGUCCGAAUGGGACUGCCAGUACCGGUACUACUACCGCUACCACAGCUGCUAUUCCAAGUAAAAUUGCUGACAGCCCAACAACGACGACUACAGAUCAAGUUGAUGGCCGUAAAAUCUGUCCUGGAUGUGUUAUAUUUUAA